GAUGGUCACUUGAGUUCUUGCUAUCAUAACGGUCUAGGCGCUGGGGUAGAAACCUAUGGAUUAUUGGGUAUUCCGAAUAUUCAGGUCACGACGGUUUCUCUGUAAGGCAAGCUUGCUUCGUAAGAAUUCGGAAUUCGAAGACACUUUGAAGACCAGGUACGCGUAGAAUAUCCUUAGUGGAUGUGCAGCAUAUGAUAGGACUACAGCGUCACCAAAAUCGAAUUCACAAGGAACCUCAUGACGACGGAGACGCUCAGAAAAGAGACAGCCACAUGGUCGGAUGGAGCCGAGCUGGCAUCAAUCUGAGUCUGAAUCCUGUCGAAGCUAGCAAACUUUAAUUGUGUGUAGUAGAAUCCACAAAAGUGCGCAUCGCACCCGACAACCUCAAGACUAUCAAGACCAUGGCCUCCCGACCCACCGUCAACGUUCGCUCGACCUCAGGGGAGGCUUCGACCUCUUUGCCUCUGCCUGCCGUGUUGACGGCUCCGAUUAGGUUGGAUGUGGUCCAGCAAGUUCACAAGAGCAUCGCGAAGAACAAGCGACAGGCUUACGCCGUCAAUGUCAAGGCCGGCCACCAGACUAGCGCAGAGUCUUGGGGUACCGGUCGUGCCGUUGCUCGUAUCCCCCGUGUCGGUGGUGGAGGAACUCACCGUUCCGGACAGGCUGCUUUCGGUAACAUGUGCCGUGGUGGUCGCAUGUUCGCCCCUACCAAGGUCUGGCGCAAGUGGCAUGUCAAGGUGAACCAGAACCAGCGCCGUUUUGCCGUCGUUUCUGCCCUCGCCGCUUCCGCCCUGCCCUCUCUCGUUCUCGCUCGUGGUCACCGCAUCGAGCAAAUCGAGGAAGUCCCCCUCGUCGUCGGCUCUUCUGUUGAGUCCUUCAAGAAGACCAAGGAGGCCGUCGCCCUUCUCAAGACCCUCAACGCAUACGCUGACGUCGUGAAGGUGUCCAACAGCCGCAAGUUGCGCGCUGGUAAGGGAAAACUGCGCAACCGUCGUCACCGUCAGCGCCGUGGUCCUCUCGUUGUGUACAAUGAGGACAAUGGUAUCGUGAAGGCGUUCAGGAACUUGCCUGGUGUUGAGCUCGUCAACGUCCGAAGACUCAACCUUCUUCAGCUCGCGCCUGGUGGUCACCUUGGCCGUUUCGUCAUCUGGACUGAGGGUGCUUUCGGCUUGCUCGAUGAGGUCUUCGGCACCUUCGACAAGCCUGCUGUCUACAAGAAGAACUACGUUCUUCCUACUGCUAAGAUCAGCAACCCCGACGUCACUCGGCUCAUCAACUCUGAUGAGAUUCAAUCCGUCGUUCGUCCCGCCGGCAGUAAGAUCCAAAAGCGCCCCUGGACGCAACACAAGAAUCCCCUCCGCAACAAGGGCGUUCUCUUCCGCUUGAACCCUUACGCCAAAACCUCCCGCAGGCAGGAACUCCUCAAGCAGGAGCGCAUCAAGGCGAAGAAGGCGACUGCCAAGAAGGCCAAGGAGCACUCCGCUGGCGAUGCCUUCCUGAAGACUCUUUUCGCACCCUAAAGGAGCUAUUUUUUGCGUUGUCGGUGCUUUAGGAAUAGACGUUGAUGCUGAUGAGGUGUGGGGAGGAGAAACGCGGUGCUAUGCAGUGAUCGAUCAUUAUGUUUUCUACGCACUUACAGGUUUAUUCUCGCAUGUCGAUUAUGGCUCUAACCAUGCUGAAAAUCGGUUCCUCUCUCACUGC